CUCUGAUUGGUCCGACUCGUUUGGCGCGGCGGUAAAUUUAGAUCCAGGGAAAUGGUAUAAAUUUGAAGCUCGCACCGUAAGUUGCCAGUUCAACUUGUUUAAGCUUUUGCAUCAGAACCCGCACUCAACGAAUCAAAAUGUCUGGACGUGGUAAAGGAGCCGGAAAGGCACGCGCCAAGGCCAAGAGUCGAUCUGCUCGUGCAGGACUUCAGUUCCCAGUCGGUCGUGUCCACCGAUUUCUUCGCAAGGGAAACUACGCCGCCCGUGUCGGAGCAGGAGCCCCCGUCUACCUGGCUGCUGUGCUCGAAUACCUCGCCGCCGAAAUCCUCGAGUUGGCUGGCAACGCCGCCCGCGACAACAAGAAGACCCGUAUCAUUCCCCGUCACUUGCAGCUGGCUGUCCGCAACGACGAGGAGUUGAACAAGCUUCUCAGCGGAGUCACCAUCGCACAGGGUGGUGUCCUCCCCAACAUCCAGGCUGUUCUUCUGCCCAAGAAGACAUCAAAGGCUUCCAAGUAAAUGCUGCUUUUGCCAAGCAUCAUUCCAAGACAAACGGCUCUUUUGAGAGCCACCUAUCCUCCAAGAAAGAUUCAAACGAAUAUAUCUAACAUAGUAUGACAAAUAUGUCUCUCAAAUUGAAAUAUAUGGUUGUGUGUGGUGUAUCGUGGGGUAGGAGCCGAUCGGCUCCUCGAGGAAGUCAUUGAAAGAUUUUUAGGCUUAUAUACGAUUUAUCAAAAUUUUAAAUUAAGAGGGCAGUCAUUUAUGUUUUAAAACGCGUUGCAUGGCUGCUACAA